ACGGAAAGUCAUAGUCACACUCCGACAUUUACCCAGUCAACACCGUUCGGGCCUGCACCAUGAGACUUGUAGUAGUAUACUUGGCGAUCCUGGCUGCAAGUAUAGCCAUGCCCCAAGAUGAAGGAGCCAACGAUCAGGACUCCACCUCCAUUGAUGCCAACAGUGACGGUAACAAUCAAGAUGGCACUUAUGUUGGCAUCAGUGAUGGUAAAUAUCUGGGAACUGAUGACAGCAAUCAAGACGGUCCUGAUGGAGGCGCUGGCGAUGGCAGUAGCGACGCUGGUGGGAGUUACAAUGAUGGAGGAAAUGGAGAGGAAGUUGUUGCUGUUCUAAUUGAAGAAGAAGUCCCUCCACAAGAUUUCAUGGAUCCAGGUUUUUCACAGGAUCAGCCAACCGAUUCUCCAUGAGCAAAUAUUAAUGACAAUUUAUAUCAUUAUUUUAAAUUUUGUUACGAACUGAAAUAAUAGUUUCUUACUCGCA